AUCUGUUUUUUCUUCAUGUACAAAUUGACACAAGUUUUGGACAUCUGUUUUCAAUAGUUCUUUUUCCAGUUUUGAUCUUUAAUUUUUGUUUUUUUUUGCACAUUAUUUCUACGAUUUUUGGUGAUAUGAUCUCGUGCGGUCUAAAUUUGCAGUCCUAGGAACAGUGAUUUUGUACUAAUUGAUUGUCUGCUUUGGUUGUUUUGAAGAUUUUGGGUUGAUAAAUGCGUAUGGAUAAUAUGUGUCAACUAUGUGCUCUUUCAGUGAUGUUUUCUCUGAGACAUUUCGUCAAACAAUUAGUAGUGAUAAUAGUUUUGAUUCAACAAUUUUUUUGAGUGUCAGUUUACGUUUUUUAUUAUUUUUUAUUUAUUUGAAAGAUCACUUGCAGGUUGAUUACUGGAGGCAUUCUGUUAUGUAUUUGUAGGUUUUCUACUUGUGCAUAGUUUUUCCAUUGAAUUUGUAGUUGUUGAGCUGAUUUGUGAAUUUUUAUGGAAACAAGGCAAGAGUAUUCUGGAUAUUUGUAUAGUUAUGAAAGAAUUAUAGCUUAUUCAUCUUAUAAUUUAACAUUCAAUCUUUAUUCUAACUUGGCCACAUGGGUUUAUCAAGUUGGUUUUCUUGACAAUGGGAUUGGUAUUCAAGUAAGAUUAGGAACCUUGUGUUGGGGUGGAUUUUAUGAAAUUGCAUCGAGAUCUCCUUGUCUUUGCUUCUUUUGGUGCAGAGUUAAUGUAAGGAUUUUCAGGGCAUUUGAUGUUCAUUUGGAUAAUUUCAAUGGCAUAUUUUAGUGUUGCAUUUGUAUGGUUUCGAAUUGAAAAAAGGUGGUGUUUUAAAUAAUUUGCUUUUUGGUUACAGUGUGUUCCCCAUUAGAAGGUGGAAUUCAGGCUACAUACAUUGUUUGGUAUUACCAUAGGGAAGCCUUAUUUGGGAAAUCACCACAUAUUUUCAUGUAUGAGGUUUUCAUAAAGUUUAACUAGAUGUGGUUCUUCUCUGAAGUUGUUCAAUCUGUCACAAGCAAGAUGAACUGGGAAUUAUCCUUAUUUUGUUGAUAAUAUUAUCUGGUAGUUGUAUGAUCACUACAUUUCAGCAUAGAAGAUGCCACUGAAAUCCAUUCUAUGCUUCUGGCUUGAUUACUGGGAAGAAGGCAAUCCAAAGAAACAUAACCCUCUUGUUUGUUUGUGCAGUUGCUCCUGUAAUAAGAAAAAUGUUGUUUUUUAUAUGUGAAAAAUUAUCGGAUGCAUGGAAUGAACGUCAAUUGCCAUAAUCAGAAUGCUGAUUGAUUGAGUUUAUUUUAAUCUUGUUGAGAAUAAUGUACUCUCUAUUCACUAAAGAAGCCAACUUUGUUUUUCAUUGGUUUUAACUUUUCCUUUUUAAUGGUACCAUCUUAUGAAUGGAAUCAUGGUUUGGGGCUUCGAGGACUUGCUUGGUAGAGGUUUUUAUGCCCUGCUUUCUAAGUGAAAUGAGUGAGGCAGUUGGUGUACUUUGAUGACUCUGCCAUCACUUUUAGAGGUAUUAGCCUAGGUUUAAGUAAACCCAUUGGUUUCUUCACAUAAAUUCUUCUUCUAUAUUAUCAGGGAUGGAAGCUCAAAACAAUCAACAUGAAACACAACCGGCAUCUGCUGCCAAGGCCCCAGUUGUGACUUCAUGUCGAAAGAAGAAGUCAGAUGACGCCACCUUUUUGCAGGAUGUAAAGGAUCAUAUUGAUGAGUUCAUUCAUGCUUCUAUGGAUGAACACAAAACUUGCUUUACGAAGACUAUUAAGAAGAUGUUUGGAAUGUCAAAGGUGGUAGCUGAAAGGAAUUCUAACUCUGAGGGAGUUGAAAGUUCUCUUCCCCUCCAGACAACAAUAGCCAACUAGAGUAUCUCAUAGUCAUAUGCUCUUUCAGCAGCCUGAUGUCUGAUUCAGCACCAGGUUUUGAAUGACAGAUUUGUGUGUUGUUAGUGAUACACUAGGAAAUUUUGUGGUUUUGAAACUUUGUUUUGUUACUGUGGGAUUAUCACAUCGAUCAUAAUCAGCUACUAUAUAUUUGAGUAAAAUUGAAUGGAAUUCAUGGUUUGCCCCAAA